AUGGCCAAAUUCAAGGUGACCGCUAGACAAAGCCAGCUAAGCGAAGAAAGAGUUCAAGAUUCAAGUGAUGAGGACGAACAUCCUGUCGAACAAGACACCCCAACCUCAAAGUCGAGAGCUACUCGUUCAAAAACGACCAAUGGACCCAAAGUCCAAACCUCAAAUUCGAAGAAAAAAUCACCAACUCCGGAAUUGUAUUCAGCAUCAACAGCAGACUCGGACGAGGACGAAUCGCCAAUGCUGGAAGACGGGCAAAAUGGCUCAGAAAACGAAUCGGUCACAAGCUCCGGCUCGAGCCAAAAGCGAUCUUCUCCAGCUCCCUGGGCUGAACCUUCCAGGAAAAAGGCGAAGACGGCCUCAUAUGCAAUGACAAAAAUAGCUCCAAAGCCGUUCAAAGCCCCGCCCGGGUACGAACCAACUACCUUGUCUGCAUCUGACUAUGCCUCUGACCUGGCCUCAUUCUUGGAGGACUUGUCUGGUAAGCAAAUCUGGCAUAUAUCAGUGCCUGAUACAGUACCUAUCGAGUCUAUCAAGGGCCUCGACAUUCAAGCGGCCGCGGAAGGCCAACCAAUUCUCAGGAGAAACGGGGUCGACUACAACAUGCAAGCCUCGGCCUCGAAGAACGAAGUGAUCCUCUUCCCCCAGCAAACAAACACGGCCUACACGAAUCAGAGAAGGGUCGACAAGACAUUUCAUUUGCGUGAGAUGAGCAAGAAGCCCCAGUCCCACGAAGGGAUAUCGUUGGUCUUUACAGCAACCAAAAAUGGCGAACCAAAGGCAGUCCGGCAGCAGCCCGAAGGGUUGAAAGUGCGGUACGUCCCAUACGGAGCUCCUGCGAUCGCGGAAUAUUCUGGGGACAUGGAAAUGAGAGAUACAUUCCAAAUUCCCGACGAAAUCGAGGAAAUGUCCCCCGGCCCAAAAUCCAAAAAGUUAAAGCAGGUCAAGGGAGACCUGGGCCACGAAAAGAGUCCGGAGAAGAUGCGGGGCGCAGACGCCGUUGUCUCUCCAGCGAAGAAGAAGAAAAAGAAGCGGAAGCUAGUUGGUGAGAAUAUCUUGUAG